GCAGCCCGGGCUGAUGGCAGUCAGAGCUAUGCGGAGGAGCAGCAUCGUGCCUGCGGAUGUAGCAGAAACUUUUCACGGCUUUUACCGCGGGGAUGUGACCAGGAACCAACACUGGAGGGAAAGAAUUAAGCGACAGCUGUGCUCCACGGAGGGAGUAGUCUAAAAUGUGGAUGAACUGACAUUUAUUGAACCGGUUGAUUACACUUAAACUUGAAGAACCGAGAGAACUCCGCUUCUUUGAAAAUGGCCGUUCGUGGCAACUCGCUGAUGCCUUUCUCCAUCCAAGCCAUCCUGAACAAAAAGGACGAGAGCCGACACUUGCCAGAUUUGGACAUGUGCUUCUCCAAGACGGCUUGCUGGAAAAUAUUUGGGGAGAUGAACGGAGGAUCUCGGAGAGAUGAUGGGGAGGCUUGUGAGCCUGCGGACCAGAAAAGCUACGACUCGGACUCGGGACUCAGCGAUGACAACGACAGCAAGACUCCGGCCGUGUGCAAGUCAGAGAAAGACGGAGACCCUGCGUCUGAUGUGCCGCAGGAGAGUUUGCAAGAAGAGACGGACCAAGAGUCUGCAGCUGCGGAAAACGCAAAGAGUGACAGUGAGCCCAACAAUGCUACGGACUCCAGCACCCUGGACGAGAAGAGUCAGGAUCAGCCCAAACAGAGGAAGAAGCGCUCGAGGGCCGCCUUCUCUCACGCGCAGGUUUUCGAGCUGGAGCGUCGCUUUAACCACCAGCGGUAUCUGUCCGGGCCGGAGCGCGCCGACCUGGCCGCCUCUCUGAAGCUCACAGAGACCCAGGUCAAGAUCUGGUUCCAGAACCGCCGGUACAAGACGAAACGCCGCCAGAUGGCCGCCGAUCUCAUGGCGUCGACCCCGGCUGCCAAGAAGGUGGCGGUGAAGGUCCUGGUGCGGGAUGACCAGAGACAGUACAGCCCGGGAGAGAUCCUGCGGCCCCCGCUGCUCUCCCUGCAGCCCUCCUACUAUUACCCAUACGCCUACUGCCUCCCUGCAUGGACACUCUCUGCAUGUGCGGGGAAUCAGUGAACUACGUGACUGUAUUUAUUCCUUUUUAUGUUUUAUGACCCCGGAAAUCAAACAAACUCUCUUUCUGACAAGAGGAUGAGACCAGAUGGAGACUUUUGGUCUCAUGGUGCUUACCAGGUCUGGGUUCCCAAACGUCUUUAUCACAUCCUCAAAUACUUAAACAAGACUCAGACUUUAAUUAAAUAAGAGUCUGUUCCAAGGAACCCCCGCUGAAGAAGACAUUUCGAUGUAGGCUUUAAAUCACAAGACUUUGGACCUGAUGUUUAAAUGUUAACCUCUGAAGAGUGACAUUAAUAACAUUAAAGUGUUCCUCUUUUUUCUCGGGAGCCCCUCAAGGACCUCUGAAGCCCCACGGACCCCCCUGUGGGAACCAGCGGCCUGAUAGACUGUAAAUGUCACCUUAUGUUGGUUUAUAUUUUACAUGCGCCUUCCUACCUCUGCAGUGAUUGGAAAUAGGCAUAUUCCAUUGACUUUUCAUAGAACUGUCUCUGUUACAGGUUGUGUUUUUUUUUCUUGCUGUGUUUAUAAAGGUAAGAUAUUUCAGCACUUUUGAGCUAUAUACAUUACUUUAAUGUAAAAUGCGUUGUAGUGUGUGUCAGACUGAGAGGGGGCGGUCACUUGUGUUAUUAUGAUCUCGUGGCAGGAAGCAGGCUAUAAAACCGACCGACUUUUAAUUGAAAUGUACAUGUGUUAUUUGUGUUAAGAUCGAAAAAAACAUUAAAAACAUA